AUAGUAGUGUGCCAAAUAAAUGAAAAGAUUUGGAAUGGCAAAACGUAAAUGCUGGAGGUGGGAAAUCUGUGGGGGUUCCCAAGUCUGAAAAGAAAGUCUGAACUCAUCCAAGUGGUAGUACUAGUACAGGCCAAGGUUCUUCUUCAGUGCAAAGCUAUAUAGCUCUUCUCUUCCUCGUCGUAUUCUUCUUCUUCUGCUGGAAGAGAUCGAGCAGCUACAAAUCCUCCAUUCCUUCUCAUCGCCUCCAAUUUCGGCUUGCUGCAACUUUGGAUCAUCAUCUAUCUGCGUCUGGCCCCAAAUCCAGGAACAAGCCUGCAGCAGGAUCAUCUACCAGCGCCUGGACUCUGAAAGUGUUGUUCAGCUGAGCAGCAUGCAGCAAGGAGGAGGAGUGGUGCUACUGGCGGACAGCAAUGGCGGCGCCAAGGACGGCGGCGGCGGCAUCUACUCGCUCAGGCCGCCGGCGCCAAGGAGCUUCCCCGGGAAGCUCGUCAGGCCGGCGCUCCUCUUCGCCGUGCUCGCCACGGGCCUGUUCCUGCUCCUCGUCCUUGGCGGCGGCGGCGGCGGCUAUGGCGCCGCCGCCGCGUCCAGCUACUACUACCGCCUCCCGCGGCGGCUCUCCGUCCCCGACGCCGGGAUUCCGCCUCCGUGCAGCGCGCGGCACGACCAGGACUCGGACGACUCGCCCGAGCGGUGGUGGGCGCGGCCGGCGGCGAGGAGCGCGUGGCACAACAUGAGCGACGAGGAACUGCUGUGGGCCGCGUCCUUCGAGCCCCGCCGGUAUCCGCCUCCAUGGCCGCACAAGCCGAAGCCGAAGGUGGCCUUCAUGUUCCUCACCCGCGGCCCGCUCCCGCUGGCGCCGCUCUGGGAGCGGUUCUUCUCCGGCGCCGGCAGGGAGCUGUUCUCCGUUUACGUCCACGCCACGCCGGGCUACCGCCUGGACUUCCCGCCGUCGUCGCCGUUCCACCGCCGCCAGGUGCCCAGCAAGGCGGCGCGGUGGGGGGAUCCGAGCAUCGUGGACGCGGAGCAGCGUCUCCUCGCAAACGCUUUGCUCGACAUCACCAACGCCCACUUCGUCCUCCUCUCAGAAUCCUGCAUCCCGCUGCACCCAUUCCCGGCGAUCCACCAUUACCUGACCCGUUCCCGCCACAGCUUCGUGGGCGCCUUCGACGACCCAGGCCCGCACGGCCGGGGCCGCUACCCGGCCGCCCUGGCCCCCGACAUCGCCUCCUCCCAAUGGCGCAAGGGCGCGCAGUGGUUCACGCUCCGCCGCGACCUGGCCGUCUUCUUCGUCUCCGACGGGGCCUACUACCCGAAAUUCCGCCGCCUCUGCCGCCCGCCCUGCUACGUCGACGAGCACUACCUCCCCACCGUGCUCUCCGCGGUGGCGCCCCGCGGGAUCGCGAACCGGACGGUGACCUGGGUCGAUUGGUCCCGCGGCGGCGCGCACCCGGCGACGUUCGGGGCGGCGGAUGUCGGGGCGGCGUUCUUGGAGGGCUUGACGGGGAAGAAGAAGAAGAAGAAGGAGAGCUGUAUGUACAACGGGCAGCCGGCGGAGGUCUGCUUCCUGUUUGCGAGGAAGUUCGCGCCCAGCGCCCUGCCGCCGCUGCUCCGGCUCUCGCCCGAGCUGCUCGGGUACUGAGCUAGGAGAUGAUAGCUGGUGGUUAAUUAAGCUGAGUCCAUGGAGUAAUUAAUUGAUUAGAUGCUGAUCUAGCUUAUUAUGUAUAGGGCGGCCUGUUAUACAUGCAUACAAACAUACAUUACUGAUCAGGAGACAGGGAGAGAGGAAAAUGUCAAAUUCAGAAAGAGGAUGAAAUUAUUUUACAGCGUUGUAGAGUAUUUUUUUUGUUCUUGGCCUUGGUUGGUUUGUUGGUUGGUUGGUUGGAUGCUCGACAGAUUUGAGCAAACUAACUGAAUGUAACAAGGGAAUUUGAUUU